GUUAUAUUUUCAUUUUUUAAAAAAUUAUUUGUGACCAUUUUUUUCCUUCUUUUUGUAUCAGCUUGUAAAAAUAUUCGUGAUUUUCUUUGCUGGGUAAUUCCGAAUCUCGUCUCCGCUUAUUCCGCCUUAGAUCGCAGGUCAUCUUCUCCGGCCGGCCGACUCCGGCUUCGUCCCGUAGACAGCAGCACAACACUGCUCCUCUCCACAGAUGAGGUGUUGUUAUUGGAAUAUACUCUUUUUUGUGUUCACGUGUAUGAUUGGAAUGCUUGAUGCUAGUGCCGGUGACAUUGAUCCAUCAUAUAGGGCUUGUUUGGGAGAAUGCAAAAAGACUGGAUGUGCUGCGGGAAGAUGUUUUGCACAAUGCCAAUUAUUUUCUGAUGGUUCUGCCUUCAGUGGCGCCACCUGGUACAUGCACAAAGGUCUCUAUCAGAAAUGGAAACUAUUAGACUGCAAAAACGAUUGCAUGUAUCACUGUAUGACUGACAGAGAAAAAGAAAGAGCGUCACUUGGUCAAGGACCUGUCAAAUAUCAUGGGAAAUGGCCUUUCAAACGUCUCUUUGGGCUUCAGGAGGCUGCCUCUGUUGUUCUUUCGCUGCUCAACCUCGCAAUGCAUUUCCAUGGUUUGUUGUCCUUUUACAUUCUUGUAAAAAAGUACAACGUGCUAUCUAAAACAGACAGGAGAUCAUAUUAUGAUUAUACUGGCCUUUGGCUCAUAUAUGGUCUGCUGUCUAUGAAUUCGUGGUUUUGGAGUGCUGUUUUCCACUGUAGAGAUGUUGAUGUUACAGAAAAGUUAGACUACUCAUGUGCAGUUGCCCUGCUUGGCUAUUCUCUAAUUCUGGCUAUACUGAGAAGUUUCAACAUCAGGCAUGAGGCUUCCAGAGUGAUGGUUUCAGCCCCGAUUCUUGCUUUUGUAACAACCCACAUACUUUACCUUAACAAUUAUAAAAUGGACUACGGGUGGAACAUGGUGGUGUGUGUCGUGAUCGGGGUAGCUCAACUGUUCAUUUGGGCAAUCUGGGCAGGAGUAAGCCAUCAUCCCUCUCGAGUGAAGGUGUGGCUUGUCGUGGUUGGUGGUGGCCUAGCAAUGCUCCUAGAGAUCUAUGACUUCCCUCCGUAUAAAGGGCUUGUGGAUGCACAUGCACUUUGGCAUGCCACCACAGUCCCCCUCACUUACAUAUGGUGGAGUUUCAUCAAGGAUGACGCCAAAUUCCUAACGUCUAGCCUACUCAAGAAGGCUAAAUAGUCAUAAUCCUUCGCGGUCUGUGCUUCAAGGGUCCUGGCGUCCGUGACGGUAUGUGUAUUCAUUGUAUUUAUGGGGCUAUAAGGUUGAAUAUCAUGGAAUCAAUGAAUUAUUAUUAACUGAACUUGUUCAUGGUUACAAAAAAAAGAGAUGCAUUUCAUUCGUACGUCUAUUGUGGUUUGUAUUUACAGUAUAGGUGUUUGAUUUUAUUUUUUAUUUGAUAGACUAGUUUGAACUUGACUUUGUUGGAACUACUACGUAUUUAUUGUUGUGAGGACAAUUAUUGGAGUUAAAUACAUUUUGGGUCUUUGU